AUGGCCGAUCAAGAUGUUUCAGAUAUGCUCACGGUUUGGGGUUUAGAAACAUAUGUAAACAUAUUUAAAGAACAUGGAAUAGAUAUAUCUUGCUUGACACUUAUCACUGAUGAGAUGAUGAAAGAAAUCAUACCAAUGGUUGGCCAUAGGGCAAAAUUUAAAGUUAACUUAGAAGAAUGGCGUAAAGUGAUUACCCAAGUUAAUGAUCAAUCUUUUAAUAAUAUGGUAAGGAUGUUAUACCUUUCUCCUGUUUACUUGAUUGAUUUUAACUAUAGGCGUGUUUUGGCAAUACAGUUUUGAGCAACCAGGUUACCAGUUUAGCUAAGCAGCUAUAAAUUACUAUACAUUUGUAGACUAUAAAUUUAAUUUUGAUUUUUUUUUUCAUUUAUUGAACAUUUUUAUGAUAGCAUUAGCAAUAUUCGAGGCAGUAUUAAUACUUAUGCACUUGUCAAUUAACCAAAGGUCAAUUUACCUAUUGUUUUUAAUAAACAUUUGCAAACUGCUUGUCCAUUACUUAUUCUGUUAUACACUCUCCUAAAAUAUUUACUUAGCUUUAUAGACCCUUAAUUCAAUUUUUUAUAUUUUAACUUUUUUCAUUGCUGAGAUAGUGUCAAUACUUAAUAUUAAUAAUUAUACACUACAUACAUCAAUCUAAAAUAUUUACUAUGCCUUUUAGACUAUAAAUUUAAUUUUGAUUUUUUAUCAUUUAUGGGAAAUUUGUAUGAUAGCAUUAGCAGUAUUCGAGGCAAUUUUAAUACUUAUGCACUUGCCAAUUAACCUUGUGUGUUUAAUAAACACUUGCAAACUGCUUGUCCAUUACUUAUCCAGUUACCCUGUUAUACACUCACCUAAAAUAUUUACUUUGCUUUAUAGACCCUAAAUUCAAUUUUUAUAUUUCAAUUUUUUUCACUGCUUCUUACUGCCAAACACAUUUUAGUUGUAAUUCUUUUAAAUACAUAUCAGUAACUUUUGAGUAAAAAAAGCAUAAUAGUUUGUAUAAUAAUGUAUUUUUUUUUAGGACAAUACUGACUCUCAUAAUAUAAUAAUUGAAAUUCCAUCUACAUCACCAAUAUUGCCCACUUCUAAUGCACCAUAUUCAGAGCUUCCUAAUUUGGUAAAUUGUGAAUCAGUAACUCUUACAUCAAAUUCAGAGGUUUCUAGUUUGUUUGGAAGUGAACCAUCAACAUCAAAUUCAUCUGAUUAUAGCUUACCAUAUUGUGAGCAACCCACUACUUCUGCAGUAUCAGAAAAGGUAA